AUGGAUGAACAAACAAGGUUGAGAGUAUUUGAACCCUUAGAUACAAACUCACUUUCUAUUAUAUCGUCGGCUUCAUCCACAAAUUUAAGUGGAUUAAAAUCAAAUACAAAUAGUUUUAUUAUUCAUGGAGGAAAUAAGACUCCGACAACUCCCUCAUUACCUCAAAAUGAUGAGAAUGGUAAUGGUAUGUUGCAAUGGAAAUUAGAGAAAAAAGAUUUUUUGUUCAAUAGUAAUAGCACACCUUCAAAGAAAAGACAUAAUUUUAGUGGAUCAAGUUCAAAUAGACCUGAAUUGUUACAAGUUAAGAAACGUAAAUCACAAUUAAUUGGCGCUAAGAGAAGAUUGCAAUCAAAGUUAGCACAAUCGACAUCAAAAUUAGAUCUUUUAGAAGUUGAUAAAAUUACGACAUUACCAUUAGCACCACCACCACAAAGUCGAUCAGAAUGUUCAUCGUCUUCAUCAUCAUCAUUACCUUCUUCAUAUAAUAGCGGUAAUAAUCUAGGAUCUACUGGAUUGUAUCAUUAUCAACAGAAUGAAGGUAUAAGGACGAAUGUAAGGCCCCAAAAAUCAAAAUUAAACCUUGUCGAAGAGAUUAGAGUACAUAAUAAAAAUGGGAAUCGUUACAUUAGUUAUGGAACUCCAAAGCCAUUAAUGAGUGCACAUGAAGUUGAUGAAGAAAAUGAGGAUGAUGAAGAAGAAGAAGGCCAACCUAUUGUAAUGAUAGAAGAUUAUAUACCGUACAAUGAAGCUUCUAAACGUGGUGCAAAGAAACGUGUAUCAAUGUCUGAUCUUCGAAGUAAAAUGAAUAAACGUAACGAUUCACAUAUUCCAUUGAAAUUUAAAAAGAUGAGCAGCGAGUUACCAAGUGUCAUUGAAGAGAAUAAUAACAUUAAUAACAGAAAACAAAUGUGUAAUAUGGUCAAUGAAUUAUUAAAUCCAGAAGAUCAUCAUAAUGAUUCAGAAUAUGGUGAUAAAUAUAUAUCAGAUUUAGGUAUUGGAACCCCACAAUUGAAAAAAUGUGUAAUUUGUGAAAGACCAUUAUAUGAAUUGAUUAAUGCAAUUACUUAUCAAGAACCAUUUAAAGAAAUUGUUUGUGAAAAUUGUACAUAUGCAUAUGAACGUGCAUCAAAAUUAUUUGAGAAUUGUGAAUUUGAAACAUCUGGAGAGAGUCAUAAUAGUUCAAGUUUUAUGAGUGAUCUAGAGACUUCAUUAGAUAAUGUAGUUCUAACAACAACAUCUGUAAGUAAUAAUGGCAGUGGAUAUGAAAGACAAGGUUUUUCACCUGAACUUAUUAAUUUAUUAAAGUUACAAGUAUCACAAUCAAAUAUAAUUAAUCAGCCGUCACAAACUGAAAAUAUUAAACCAAGUCUUGCAUGGUUUCUUGAAGCAAGAGAUAAAAUACAUUUACAAUGGCAAACGAAUGGACUGGUACCAUUUUUCAUGCGUAAGAUAGAGCAAUAA